AUGCCUUGUUCCCCGCAGAAACCUCCGAAGCCACCUCGGACUCCCACGACCGCACGCAAACCCACAGCUACCACAUCCUCUACAGAACCUCCAAACAAGCCGAAACGCUCUAUCGCAUAUUUUGGAGCUAUACCCUCAUACUAUUCCCGCCCAACAAGCAUCGAUCGCAUCGGACUUACGCGCCGCCAUCUUCAAUCACGUCACAACCACACCAAAGGCCGCGCUCGACACCAAACGCCUCUGAACCAACACCGCGCACCCAGAGCCACCACCCGCGCCAUGUCCAGCAAAGCGCGGCAACCCAGCGGCACGGCGCGAGCCUCCGCACCGACGAGCAAACCCAGCAACAAACCCGCGCCCACGACCGCCAAACCCUCCAUCCUCGCCAACCUCUCCCCCAAAUCCCUCAACUCCUUCGCCGUGCACCAGCUCUCGGCGCGGCCGGGCCAGACCGGCACAGGCGCGCCCUCCUCGCGCCAGUGGAAGGAGGUCGAGCCGCUGCCCGCCAAGUACCGCCCCGCGGCGCGGCGCAUCACCGCGGCCAUUGUCGCCGCGCCCAUCGCCAUCGUCACGAGCUAUUUCCUGUAUCAGCGGCUGGUGCAGGGCGAGCAGCGGAAGGUCUUGGCGCGGGAUUCGGUGGGCGGGGAGACGCCGACGAGGGUGUUGCCUGGGAGAGACGGGGAACGGUGA